GCGCCACGCUGCUCGACGCGCUGUCCGCCGUCGAAGCGUCGGCCGACGCCGAGGCUGGGGGCGAGGCGAGCGGUGGCGGCGGCGAGGAAGCAGUGCCGCCCAACGACAUCCCAGCGACAUCCGACAUGUCCUCGAUGCUCUUCAUCGCGUCGGCAGCCUUCUCCGGCCCAAAGCCAGGCUACGUCUACACGAGCCGCGGCGGCAAGCUCGGCUACCACCGCGACUCCUCCUCCGGCGGCGAGGGGCUCACGGCGCUGGCGGCCGCCGCGGCGAACGCCGAGGGUGGCCCGGAGGCGCAGAGCAGCAUGCGGCGCGCGGACCCCGAGAUGGGCCGCAUCGUCCGGGAGGAGGUGGCCGGCGGCGGCGGCAGCGGCUCGACGGGCUCGGUGCCGCAUCCCGCGCCCUCCGCUGCUGCCCCGCGUUCUUGGGCAGCCUCCUUCUUGGGCAGCCUCGGCGCCCGGGCGAGCAGCCUGGUCUCUGGCGGUCCGUCUGGCGGCGGCGGCAGCCCAGCGGUGGUCAAGCAGUGGUGCAAGGAGAUCAAGGUUGGCACGUGGCAGUCCGGCGAGGGCCAUGUCACCUUUGGGCCGGAGGUCUUCACCUGGCUCACACAGCGGGAGGUGCCGGACGUCGGCUUCGUCACUCUCAAGAUGCGGACGUCGUCCAUCCACAGCGCCAUCUUUGACAAGCAGAGCUGCGUGCUCAUGAUCCACGGGAUGGUGGAGGUGCCGAUGGACAAGCUCGACCGCUACUACGACUUCCUCGCCAACCCCGGCGCGUCUCCACCCCGCCCUCUUCGAUCGCCCAAGUGCUACCUCUGCCUCACCUUCAACGACAUGAACGCCUUGGCCGAGGUGCUCAAGGCGGUGCCGCGGCUCAAGCAGAGGACCACCUUCCAGACCGGCACUCUCAGCGCUGCAGCAGGCGCCGGCACGAGCGCUGCUGCCAGGCAGCUCGCCGCAGCCACCAGCAGCGCCGCUGCCACCGGCGGCGACGCUGCCCCUCGCGGCAGCGGCACCGGCGCCCCGGGCGGCAGCGGCGGCGGCGGCGCGGGCGGCGGCGGCGGCGCCGGUCCGUUGGCAAGCCGCACCCCGAACGCGCCGACCGGUGCGGCGGGCAAGCGCCCCGCAGCUGCGCCGGCGCCGGCGCCGCCAGCCAAGAGGAAGACAAAGGCGCCGCCGCCGACGGCGAAUGACGUCGUCAUUGACCUCGACUCGGACUGA